AUGCCUCGGUCUUUCUUGGUGAAAAAAGUCAAACUGGACGAUUUUUCGGCCACAGAGCUGGAGAGCUCAUAUGGUCACAGCCGAAGAGAAGAGCUCAGUCUGCAGUUCCACCAUCAUGACAAAGGCUAUGUCAGCGAUUAUCUGAGUCCAAAUCCGUAUGAUGAUGUGGUGGGAAGCGACUCAUCUGUAAUCUCUAAAGUACCCUCCCCAAGCCACUCGUCAAUCAUCUAUGGCCGCAUCAACAACACCUACACCGGCAUUCAUGGUGACAUCCAUGGUGAUUCGGACCAGCCGGACAGCCCACGGUCCGAGGUCUCGUCAUCGGCCGGCGGAUACAUCAACGGGGAUGCAGCCGUGAGCGAGGGCUACACAGUGGAUGCAUUUUUCAUCAUGGACGGACGAUCACGGAGGAAAGCCACGGGGAACAGAGGAACAACCCAGAGGCACACCUGCAGCGAGUGCGGUAAAACCUACGCCACGUCCUCCAACCUGAGCCGGCACAAGCAGACGCACAGGAGCAUAGACAGCAAGAUGGCCAAGAAGUGCCCCACAUGUGGGAAAGUGUACGUCUCCAUGCCUGCGAUGGCCAUGCACCUGCUGACCCACGACCUCAAGCACAAGUGCGACGUGUGCGGCAAAGCGUUCAGCCGGCCAUGGCUGCUGCAGGGUCACAUGCGCUCGCACACGGGCGAGAAACCGUUUGGAUGUGCGCACUGUGGGAAAGCGUUUGCUGACCGGUCAAACCUACGCGCUCACAUGCAGACGCACUCGGCCUUCAAACACUACAAGUGUAAACGCUGUAACAAGACGUUUGCACUCAAGAGUUACCUGAACAAACAUUACGAGUCUGCGUGCUUCAAGGGGGCUUUCUCACCUCUGAGCUCACUGGGGGAAUGA